UUGUAUGUGCAUUUCUGUUGUGGAUGUGAAGAUUAAAACCUGAAAACGAAACUGUACAAUUUUGACGUGUAAAAUGGCAUCUGAAGGUUUAACUGAGGUGGACUUCACUUGUCCUGUGUGCUUUGACUUUUUUGUAAAUCCUGUUCUUCUGCCCUGCAGUCACAGCAUCUGCUCAGACUGCAUCAAAGCGUUCUGGGAAAGUAGAGGAAUUCAGGAAUGUCCUAUGUGCAGGGAAAUAUCCACAGUGAAUGAUCCUACGUUAAAUCUGGCUUUAAAGAACAUGUGUGAGAUCUUCCAACAGGAGAGAAGUCAAAGAUCUUCAUCAGGAGAUGAAAACGUCUGCAGCGCUCACAAAGAGAAGCUGAACCUGUUCUGUCUGAAUGAUCAGCAGCCUAUUUGUUUGGUGUGUCGAGACUCCAAACUACACACCGACCACAGUUUCUGUCCCAUAGAUGAAGCCGUGAGCAAUAACAAGGAUAAACUCAAAGCUAUACUGGAAGACUUACGGGAGAAGAUGGGAAUAUAUGAUAACUUCAAACAGACUUUGGAUCAGACUGCUGACCAUAAUAAGGUUCAAACUCAAGAAACAGAGGAGAAGAUCAGCAAGGAGUUUGAGGAACUUCGUGAGAUUCUACGCAAUGAAGAAGUGGCCAGAAUAACAGUGCUGCGAGAGGAAGAGAAGCAGAAGAGUCAAAUGAUAAAGGACAAGACUGGGAAGACCAGCAAACAGAUCGUAUCUCUCAGAUGUGCAAUGAGAGACGUAGAGAAGCAAAUGAAAGCCGAUGAUGAUUCAUUCCUGCAGAACUUUAAGAGCACAUUGGAAAGAGCCCAGUUCAGUCUCCCAGAUCCAGGGAAUGUUUCAGAUUUGCUGAUCAAUACCCAAGAAUACCUGAAUGACCUGAGGCUCACUGUGGUACAGAAGAUUGACAACACCAGAGGCGACCCCAGUGUAAGAGGAGGCCAGAAUUUCAGACGGGGACACAAUUCCAGAGGGGGACCCAGUGUCAGGGGAGACCCCAAUUCCAGAGGGGGACCCAGUGUCAGGGGAGACCCCAAUUCCAGAGGGGGUUUCAAGGGGGACCACACUUCCAGAGGGGGCCACAAUUUCAGAGGGGGCCCCAGUAACAGAGGGGGCCACAACUUUAAGGAGGACCCCAGUAAUAGAGGGGAUCCGAGUUUUAAGGAAGACCCCAGUUUCAGGGAGGACCCUAGUUUUAAGGAGGGCCCCAUCUACAGAGGGGGACACAAUUUCAGAGGGGGCCCCAGUAACAGAGGGGACCCCAGUUUCAGGGGCGGCCACAACUUUAAGGAGGACUCCAGUAAUAGAGGGGAUCCGAGUUUUAAGGAAGACCCCAGUUUCAGGGAGGACCCUAAUUUUAAGGAGGGCCCCAUCUACAGAGGGGGGCACAAUUUUAGAGGGGGCCCCAGUAACAGAGGGGACCCCAGUUUCAGGGGUGGCCACAACUUUAAGGAGGACCCCAGUAACAGAGGGGACCCCAGUUUUAAGGAGGACCCCAGUUUCAGGGGGCCCACAAUUUUAGGGGAAACCCCAAUUUCCGAGGGGACCACAGGGGCCACGGUACUGGGGGAGCGCAUAAAUACAGAGGGGGCCGGAAUUACAGAGGGGCCCACAAUAACGAGGGGGCCAAAGCUCCAGAGGGGGCGGAGGAGUUCCCGGGGUGCCCCUGAGGGGGACAAGUAUAUUAAAAUAAUUCAAAUAAGUAAAAAUAUGUUACAUUAAAAUAUUUUUUGAAAUAUUUUUUUAAUACCUUAUAUUCUGAAAAUUCCAUAUGCAAGAAAUUUAACUUGCAGCGUAAACUGCACUGAAAAAAAGGUUUUGAAACUAGUCAAUCUGACAAAUAAUUACAAAGAAAGGGCAAGUAACAGGAAAUUAAACAUGAAAUUUUAAAGUAGAAAGACUAAUAGUUUUUUCUUUUUUUUUUUUUUUUU